GGCCUUCCUGGCAAAGAUGGACCCACAGGCCCACAAGGACCUCCUGGCCCAGUGGGCAUACCUGGUGCUCCAGGUGUUCCAGGUGUUACAGGAAGCCAGGGGCCACAAGGUGAUGUUGGAGCUCCUGGUGCUCCUGGACCUAAGGGAGAAAGGGGAGAGCGGGGUGAUCUCCAGUCCCAAGCAAUGGUGCGUGCUGUUGCUCGUCAAGUGUGUGAACAACUUAUCCAGGGUCAUAUGGCCAGAUAUAACUCAAUCCUGAACCAGAUUCCAAGCCAGUCUGUCUCAACACGAACCAUUGCAGGACCUCCUGGGGAACCAGGUCGGCCAGGGGCUCCAGGGCCCCAGGGUGAGCAAGGAUCACCAGGCAUGCAAGGGUUUCCAGGAACUCCUGGUCAACCAGGAAGACCAGGAGAAAGAGGUUUACCAGGCGAGAAGGGAGAAAAAGGCAACCCGGGUGUUGGAACUCAAGGACCCCGAGGCCCACCAGGAUCUACAGGGCCUCCAGGAGAAAGCCGAACUGGCAGCCCAGGACCCCCCGGCUCUCCAGGCCCGCGGGGUCCCGCCGGCCACACGGGGCCCCCCGGCUCGCAGGGCCCCUCCGGCCCCCCGGGGUACUGCGACCCUUCCUCCUGCGCGGGGUACGGCAUGGGAGGUGGAUACGGUGAGCCAACCGAUCAAGACAUCCCCGUAGUGCAGUUGCCACAUAACUCCUACCAAAUCUAUGACCCCGAGGACCUUUAUGAUGGUGAGCAACAGCCGUAUGUAGUUCACGGGUCCUACCCCCUCCCGUCCCCAUACUCCCAGUCCUCCUAUCCAUCACCUCAUCUUGCUCAACCAGAGUUUACUCCCGUUCGAGAAGAGAUGGAAGCCGUUGAACUGAGAUCCCCGGGAAUUACUCGCUUCACACGGAAGAUAGCCAAGAGAAGCGUCACGGCUCCAGUGCACAAAAGGGCAAAUGGAAAAAAGCCCUCUCAAUGAACUGUUCAGAAAGGGAAAUGUUUUACGUGCAUCUAUAUUUGGCCCUUUGUUCGGGUACCUGACCUGUCAUGGAAGAUGUUUACAAGCUCUUAUGUUAAAGGAAAAUAAAUGUACGUGACCAGCUGACACACAAAAUAAAGGUGAUUAUCUUGCAUGCCAGAAACUUAGUAUGUUAGUGGGUUGGUGCUAGAUGAUGGGGAAGGAUCACUUGUAGAUCUUUUUCCAGAGUACUGUUUGAGACAGUACUCAAACUGCAUCUAAAAAAUCUUCAUCGGGUUAAGUUGCUGUACAGAACCAUUCGGAAAGGUCCAUGUUUGUUAUCCAGCUGACUCUGUUCUCUUAGUUUUGGAUGAGUUGCUUUUACUUGUGGAGUAACCCUACUAAAUUCACCGAAGAACAAUGCAUAAUCAGGUUUCCUUACACCCAGCUAUUACCCCUUUGCAAAGCCUUAUGUUUAUGCAAUUCUUUUUCACCCACAUUAUAUAAAUACACAAGAAUGUUCUGUGGGAGUACACUGAUAAUUUAUUGUGAACCUCUUUCAUUUCUGUUUUGUAUGCAAAUAAAAGUGGCAAGCUUUUAUAUUGUUAA